AUGGAGGACUCCGGGAGGCAGCCUUCGUACCUGACGGGCGCGACCUCGAGGAAGCGGGAGCCGAGGCAGGUGAUGGAGUGUGGCGAGUACCAGCUCUUCCAGGCUAGUCUGCUGUCCCUGCCCCGCUCGUCCGACAUCUCGCUCUUCGACACCUGCUAUGACCGGCGGCAGAGCGUGCUGGUGCCCGUGGUGGCGCUGCGGUUCGAGGGCGGCAGGGAGCUGAAGCUGCCGGCGAAGAACUACCUGAUCCCGGUGGACGGGGCCGGGACCUACUGCCUAGCAUUCGCGGGGACGAGCGGGCCCGUGUCCAUCAUCGGCAACGUGCAACAGCAGGGCGUGCGCGUCAGCUUCGACACAACCAAGAACACCAUCAGCUUCACCGCCGACAAGUGCUAG